UCAGCGUGUUCAUCCCGGGGACGCGGCGUCUGUGCAGCUGGGGCGCAACUUUCAGCUCAUCUUUACUUUCGUGCACUUUUGGAGAAACUUUUCGACGUCAUGGGUUGCUUUGAGUGCUGCAUCAAAUGUUUAGGCGGAGUGCCCUACGCAUCACUGGUUGCUACAAUCCUCUGCUUCUCCGGCGUAGCCCUGUUCUGUGGAUGUGGCCAUGUGGCUCUCACUGGCACUGUGACCAUCCUGGAAACUCACUUUUCCACGACCACAGCAGACCAUGCCAUGCUCACUGAUGUAAUACAGCUGAUGCAGUAUGUCAUCUACGGCAUUGCUUCAUUUUUCUUCCUGUAUGGAAUCAUUCUGCUUGCCGAGGGCUUUUACACAACCAGUGCCGUCAAGGAACUGCACAGCGAGUUCAAGACCACCAUCUGUGGACGCUGCAUCAGUGGAAUGUUCGUGUUCCUCACAUACAUCUUGGGUGUGGCCUGGCUCGGCGUGUUUGGCUUCUCGGCAGUGCCAGUCUUCCUCUUCUACAACAUGUGGUCUACCUGUAAUGCCAUGAAGUCUCCGAUGGUCAACUUCACAACCAUAGACUCCAUCUGCGUCGAUGUCCGUCAGUACGGCAUCAUCCCAUGGAACGCCACUCCAGGAAAGGCCUGCGGAUCCACGCUUGGUGACAUCUGCAACUCCAGUGAUUUCUACCUGUCCUAUCACCUGUACAUCGUAGCGUGCGCUGGUGCAGGGGCCACUGUGAUCGCCCUGAUCCACUUCCUCAUGAUUCUCUCAGCAAACUGGGCCUACCUUAAGGACGCCAGUCAAAUGCAUGCCUACCAAGACAUCAAAAUGAAGGAAGAGCGGGAGCUGCAGGACAUCACCUCACGCUCAAAGGAAUGCCUCAAUUCCUACACAUAAAAGGAUAUUACGCUAAAAACGACACACUCUCACACGUACAGGGACACUCGCACACUGUGGCCCCUUUGGACCAAGGCGACUCGGCUAAAAUAACCUGCCAGCUGCGUACUCUGCAGUACUAACCCGGCUCCUAACAAACUAAUACAGAAGUGGUGCUUUUUGCACUAACUCACCAAGAACUGUUUCACUACUUCUACAAACAUGCUGACUUUUUGUGUUUUUUGGUAAAUACGGUGUUCUGAUAUUCAUGCUGUUGUUCUUUUUACCUUUCCCCCCACCAGAUUUAUCUGGUGAAUGCUGAUGUUGCACUAUGCUUAUAAAGCUCAUAAAAGCCGUUUGGUUUAUGAACUGUUUCGCUCUUUUUUUUUUCCCGUCAUUCCUUUAUGUCUGAGUUUCAACCAGGGAAAACCCUUUUAAUUUGGCAGUUUUCUCCCUAUUAAAAAAAAUGUAAAUGUCAUAAACAAGAAGGAAGCCCUUACAUCCAGUCUUAGUUGGCACCUCGCGCUCUAAGAUACAAAUAAUGUUCAUACAAGGCAUCCAAAACCAAGUCCGAGUAAGACCGUGCUGUACUAAAUGUCAUACAUAAUUAAAUUGCUUAACCUUCUUGGUAAAGCUGUUUUUUCAGUGUUUUCCAUUCAUUUUUAAAUCCAUAUUCUGUUGAUGUUACUCUGAACAACAAUGGCCUACAUUUCCUCUACCUCAGGCGAGCAUUAGACUUUAAAGCAACACAUAAACCACUUUUAUUGUAAAGAAAUGUCUUUUGAUAAUAAAGCACACAAAGAACAUUUGGUAAGAAUUAGCCUCAGAAGCUCGUCUCUCAUCGUAUCCUUGAACAAAAGCUGUUAAGAUACUUCCAUGAGAACUUGUUUAAUACUGUGUAUUUUACCAAUAAGUACAAUUUAGGACAGAUCUACAAACUUUGAUUAAUUUAGAGAAAUGAAGAAAGUCAAAGUUUGCCACUGGAGAGACUGAAACCGCAGAUUAUUACAAAAAUAGCUGUUGUAGCAAUUGUACAAUUAAAAUUCAGACUUUUGAAAUGUUUCACAAUAAAAUGAAGCAUCCCAUGUUCACUGCAUUUGAAACAAUUAGUUUAAAGCCGUGUCAGUGUUACGACUGUAGUGUUUAGUCUUUGUAAGGAUGGAAGCCUCGUCUUAUAUUUGCUAAGUUGCAUUUGUUUAAAGUUAGCAAUUUUCAUAUUAUUGAAAUAAUUACUCUUUUCUUGUUAGCUGAGUUAGAAAUAACGUGUUUCAUUUGUUGCAUGAAGACAGCUGUUUCCACAGAUGUGCAGUUUACUGACAUCAGAAGCAGGCAGUGUUCGUCCUUUUCCUUUUUUCUAACUGAAUUUCUUUUAAUAGCUGAUUAUUGUUUGUGACCUAUUUUAGUUCAGUUUUAUUUUGUCUCAGUGUACAUGAGAUUUCUAUAAAUGUAAAAUAAAGGGCUUCCUCACACCAGUUGUUUAAAAACCAUAGGCAUAAAAAAAAAUGUCCGUUUUAGCCAAAGUAUGAAUACCAAUGCUGUCCAAUUUGUUAAAUAAUAUCUUUGUGAAACUUGGUUAAAAAUCUUCUUCAAUGUGGGAUAAACAUAAAGCAGAAUCGAAAAAUAAAAUGUUUUUAAAUGAACCAAAAAGGAACAAAAAGCUGUCCAAUCACCAGGAAGACCUCAAUCAGCCAACAAGAACCCCGUCUGACUGGAAACAUUUUUAUGUCUCAACUCAAUUGUCCUGAUGACUUUGUUUCUCAUUUUUUAAAUAAAAAUACA